AUGCCAUCUCUCGAGAAAGUAAGCAGAGCCCCUGCAAUAUUCAUUUCACAUGGCGCCGGUCCGUUUCCUCUCCUGAAUGAAGACCAUGAGCCAUGGAGGAAGAUUAUGCAGGGGCUUGCACAUCUCCUCGAAAAUGCCAAAGGCAUCAUACUAUUCACAGCCCAUUGGGAGACAUACCAGCCUCACGUUUCUGGUUGCGAUGAUGCGCGCCUUUUCUAUGACUAUGCAGAUAUGGAGGAGGUCAAAUCCUUUAUUCCGAAGGAAGCCUACACGAUCCGAUAUAAUGGUCGGGGUGACUCCGCCCUUGCUACGAGAAUCUCAGAACAACUUCGUGGUGUUGGGUUCGAGCCGGUCAUUGAUAACAGUCGGGGAUGGGAUCAUGGUGUCUUUGUCCCAAUGUCUAUUUUGAGACCCAGCGGAGAUAUACCGAUCGUACAGAUGUCAGUGCUCAAACGAGAUAAUGAGCAUCAGUCAACCAAUGCAAAUAUCCUCCUUGGACAAGCAGUCGAAAGUUUUAGGGAUGAGGGUUAUGUGAUCUUGGGAAGCGGUGCCACCGCGCACAACUUUGAGGAAGCAAUAAAGGUCUACCUCAGCGAUGAUCGCAAUCCGAAGGUGUCUGCUGAAAACGAACAAUUUGCAGAGUUUCUUCGGCUUACAGCGUCUUGUUCGGACCCGCAUCGGAGACGGGAGAAACUGUCCAUGUGGAGGGAAGCUCCGGGUAGCUUCAUUGCACAUGCUCCUGGAAGUUCAGAACAUCUCAUGCCAUUUAUGGUCGUUGCUGGGAGCGGCGGACAUGAUACGGGGAAGAGAAUGAAUGUAUGGGAGCUCGCUGGAGAACCAACUGCUUUCUAUGUCUGGAGUUAG